AUGCACCCUGCAGACAAGGAAUAUGCCCACUACUCUGCGAUCCAUAAGCAAUACUCCAGAAUCGACUACAUCUUCAUCCAACAGAAUCAACUGACCUCGAUCCAAAAAGUGGAAAUUGAAUCAGCAGCCUGGUCGGACCACGGACCAGUGACGCUGAGGAUGGAUUCCCCAAGGGUACGCCCAACCAGCUGGACGUGGCGGCUUCAGGACUCUCUACUACUGGACUUAUCAGUGAGGGAGCGGGUUUCGGAGGACCUCACCUGCAUUGAAACUACAGACGACCAGACCGUGACAACAAUAUGGGAAGCACACAAAAGUGUUCUCAGGGGCACGCUGAUGCACUUGGCCUCCAAAAAGAAAAAUGAAUCUCAGCGACAAAUGAGGGAGCUCAUGGUAUGCAUAAAUGCCCUCGAGACACAACACAAACUUUCUCAACUUGAAGAGACAUAUAAGGAACUAUUGGAAGCCCGAAGAUCGCUACUCAUGCACAUCACAGCUCCGUACUACAACUCCCUGCAGCACCCGAAGGCUUUCUUCUACCAACAUGUCAAUAAAGGAGGGAAGCUAUUGGCCAGGAUGCUCAGAGGCCCUCAGGGGAUGACCCAGGUUCAUAAGCUACGAACCACAGAUGGCAUGGUCACACAAUUCCCGGACAGAAUUGCACUGGAGAUCCACUCCUUCUACUCCUCCCUAUACAGCAUUCCACAGCCGACACUCCCGGAGGAGAGAGCUGACACACGAUAA